GGGGGGGGGAGGGAGGUCCAGCUGCAUGGUCUGGCUCCCCGACUCACGGCCAGGACGCGCACACGCACUACAGCCACAGUCCUUCCGUGUGAGCUUCACGUGCCCCAGCAAUGGCAGAUUACACUAUUAAGAGGUUGAAGAAUGAGCUGGUGGAGAUUAAGAAGUCCCCACUACCGUACGCAAAUGCUGAGCCACGAGAUGAGAACCUCCUUCUGUGGGAUGGUGUUGUACUAGGUCCUGUUGGGACACCUUAUGAGGGGGGAAAGUUCCAUUUCAAAAUGGAGUUUAUCUACAGGGAUUACCCUUAUGAACCUCCUAAGGUAACAUUUAAGACCAAGAUUUUUCAUUGCAAUUUUAACACCAUUGGUAACGUAUGCCUUAGUACCCUAAAACUUCCAGAAGAUAAGGGAACAUGGAGAAGUGCAAUGGGUAUUCAAAGCAUUCUCAUCAGCAUUCACCAGCUGAUGGCAGAACCCAACUCGAAGGAUUCUCUAACACCGUCCAUUGGGGACCUGUAUGACGACAAAAGAGACAAGCAUGACGAAAUUGCAAGAAUGUGGACAGAGCGCUAUGCUAUGGAGGAUUAAAAUCAAUUAUUGAUAAUAAGUGAUAGUACUUUUUGUUGCCUCGUAGUACCAAUAAAACAGCAAAUUUAAACUUCA